UCCAGCCUGGACAUUCCAGAAGAGGACCAGGAGCUGCUGAGAUGGCCUUCUUCAACUUAUGUCUUUUGGGAUAUCAAAAUCCCUUUCAGGACAAAAAAAGGGAUACAUGUGAAGAAACAAAUCAGAAGGAACCAGCGCCCACGAGAUUUCCCCCCAUUAUCUCAGAAGAUGGAAAUUACUCCGUGCACCAGAAUAGCCAUGCAAGGUACCAAGAAGCGGUACGGAAGGUGUUGUUAAAGACAUUCCCCAAUCAGGUCUUCAGAAUCCCCUUAACUGAUGCUCAGAACUUCAGCUUCUGGCGGUCCCAUGAUCCAGGAGUGCGACCAGAGGAAACCAUGCCAUGGACCCGGAACCCACGCCAUUGUCUCAUUAAAAGCCCAAUGACCAGGUUUGUGGACCACUCUAUUCUCAAUGACAGAAACUUCAGUCUGUACUGAGGCUGCAGAAGGAAAAGGAGUGCGAAGAGGCAGGGGUUAUACGGACAAAUCUGGGAGGACACACACUGGUCCUUACGACGCUGAAGGGCCUGGAGCAAGCGCACUCUCUGAAGACACUGUGGCUUCUGCUGGGUGAGAGAAAGUCCUCUCACCACAGACAAGCGAGGCCCACAGAGCCCUGGGGCAGGAGGAGGCCGUCUUCUGCACCAGAUCCUGCCACUUCUGAUCCAACCCAGAGCCCAGAAAGCUGCAGAAAACAGGGAAUUUUACAAAGAGUUUGAUUUUAUUGAUAUUUAAAUAUAUUAAAUAUUUCACUGAAAUACAUGGUACACCACCCACCCUCCCUCCCACAGUGGUUACAUUAUAAAACCAAAGCCCAGGGCCUCCCAUCCCCUGACUCCCCCACCGACGAGUGAGGAGAGGGGCAGUGGUAGCCCUGGGGAAGGGCAUGGCUGGCACUGUGGUAUGGGGAGCCAGGGUGUGGACAGGCCCUUCCCACUUGGCAAGAAGCAGAGACAAGUCACCCAAGGCUGAGGUCUCCCCACUCUGGUCUACUUACACCCUCACUCCACCCACAACACCAAGCAGCCCUUCCUAUACAGGGAUACAGCAGGGGGCAGGGGAGUCCAUUUUCUGUCUGAACCAACUAGACUUUUCCCCUCUUUCUGCCUUGGCUAAUGAAGUGCCCGAUGGUCCGUUUGGUGGAUCUGUGAAGAUCCCUCAAGGCAGGCAGUACUGAGCCAGAAACCAGGCCUCUGCAGGCAGCUGGCAUCAGAAGAGGCAUGAGGAAGGCCAAGAGCACUACCUGCUCCCUCUACUCCCCAAACCCAGCAACUCCAGGGACUCUUUCUUCUAUGCCUCCAGUCACUUCCAAGACAAAAUGAGCUUCAACCAAAACUCAAGCGAAUGCCUCUGGCUUAAUAAGUACAGACAGAAGAACCAAGGCACCUACUAAUUCAGUCCAGAGUCAAGGAGGUCGCAGGGAAAGGUGUAAAGGAAGAUAAGAGAAUCUAGAGACCAAUCUAAACACUUCUGCCAGCCUUGGUAGGCUUGACAAGGACGGGGGAGCCAGGGACAUGCUAGAGUCAGGCUGAAGGCUGGAGAAAGCCAAGUCUAAGGUUCCCCUGCCCCAUCCCCUAGUACCAGUAUCUGGGUCCUCAGAGGGAUCCCAUGGCAUACCACAUCCCAGAACAAGCUGGGGAACCCAGGAAACUCCUGCGCCUCUGCCCACCAAACCCCAGACAGUUCAUGUGCAUGGAGCACUGGGGCUCAAGCAGGGAGACAGUCAUGCUGCACGUGAGGCCCCCAAACGGCACUUAGGGAUUUGGCACAGAAAGGACUCUUCUCCCCAGGGCCACCCUCCUUUGGCUACCACACCCCAUCUCACUCCCGUGCAACCUGGCAUCUCUCUACAUCCCCUGAAAUAGGAAACCCUGCCUUAGUCCCAGAAGCUGGCAGCCCACAAGAGAGAGGCGACCCAGGGUGCAGCACUGAGGAGCAGGAGCACAAGGACACACACAGACCUGGAGAACAGAUACUCACACGAAGACCAACAUGCAUACACUGCUACACAAACACACAGGCCCUCCCUUGUGCCAGGGACUUGGGAGGACAGGUCUGGGGUCAGGGUCAUAUUCUCCCAUGCCCUGACCCUUUUCUAUUUGGCAACAGAAGGGGUAGAGCUGUUCAUGCCUCCUGGCCAGCAGAGAGCAAGAGAGCACUGGGGCAAAGUGAUCUAACCCUGGCCACGUCCAGGUCCCCACACAGGGUCUGGCACCAGCCCCUCCCUGGCUGGCCUGCUCUCUUUGGCACCUGCAGGUAAACUUCCAGCUCCCGAUCUUCUGAUAUCCCACACACGUGUGUGCUUUCUGGCUGGGCAUUUUCACAGUACCAGUGAGGCCAGACACCCCUUUCCCUGGAGCAUGCAGGAACUGGGGCUAAAUCUGAGCUGUCAGAGGUCCCUUUGUUCCCCUUUGGGGACAGAUCAUGGGACUAGGAUUUGGCAAAUAGAAACAUUCCCCUGAAGUAUAGAUAGAACUGGGUCCCCAAGGCUUCUCCCUCCUCUGCCCUGUGCCUAAGAGGAACACCCGGCUGAGGCAGGAGGGUGCCCAGGACCAGUGCUGGGAUGCAGGCACAGCAAAGGCAAGAACAGGCACUCCUCG